UUAUUUGUCAUUUUAUAUAUCAUGUUAUUGUAAAUAAUGGACAAUAAUGUCUUAGUAGAUGUCACUGUAUGAAAACAAACGUCGGGGAUGCGAAAUAUAUUUCUUCGAGUCAGCGCAUGACUUUGAACCAGUGUUACCAUUUGCGUUCGUUCGGAAGGUUCUUCUGAAAAGCAACUUAGUCGUAAUUUUUGCGAAUAUAAUUUUAGUGUUUCAAAAUCGCAUAUUGUAUAGUAAGAGAAGUUUCACGGGAUUUCUCUAAAGUCAGUAAACAGUAAAACAGUUUUGUGUAAAAAUAAUUUUAUAUAUAAACUCAUUAUGUCAACCAAGCGCGUAACUAACAAUAAAGCUUCUAAGAAACUUCUCACAAUGGAAGAGAAACUUCAAAUUUUGGAGAAAUUUGAUGGUGGCAUUUCAGUGAAAAACAUUGCCACUUGUUUUAAUCUACCUUAUAUUACUGUAUAUCAGAUAGUGAAGAAAAGUGAUAAAAUACGCGAAUCAAUGAAUAAAGGAAUGAGCAUGAAAAGCAAGUUUAUAAUAUCUAAAUCAAAAUUUAAAGAAUUGGACAAACAAUUACAUGAAUGAUGUAAAGAGAAUGUACCGGGAAAUGUAAUUGACUACCAGCAAUAUAAAAAGCUUACUGAGGAAGCAUAUAAAAUCGCAAAAGGAGUUGAGAAAUCACCAAACGAUAUGCAUAGUUUUAUUCGAGAUUUUAGAAAACGUUACGACAUUAAAGUAAAGUCUAAAAGUUCUCUUUCAAUUUUGAAUGAAAAAUUGCAUAAAUGGUAUGAAGAGCGGAAAGCAUCAGGAAACACAAUUGACUCGAAGCAACUUCGUAAGGCAGCAUGUGACUUCGCAAAAGAUGUUGGUGAACCGUCAAAUAUGAAGGACUUUUUGUAUAGAUUUAAAAAACGUCACGGAUUUGAACUAUGUAGCUACAAAAGUAAGAAGAUUUUGCAAAAUUCUUUUCAAAGAGAUGAUGAGGCCGAUCAGUCUAUAAUGCUGAACAAUUUGUUCAAAAAUUCAGACAGCGAUUAGAGCAGGAAAAUAUUAGUAAAGAUAACAUUUAUGUUAUGGUCCAAGCAGACGUUAUAUUUCAUACUCUUCUUCAAACCUUGCUAGCAUAUACAGACAAGAAAAAAAUUGCAAUACAAAGUAACGUUAAAGAUUUGAAGAAGGUAAUUUUAACUGUUAUAUUGUGUGCAAAUGUUACUGAUAGUAACUGUUUCCAAUUAUUUCCUUUUCCGACUGUAAUUAAUGAGUAUGAAAAGCAAAGUGUAUUAGAAUAUUGCAAGAGUAGAUUGCUCGUCGCUCAUGAACUACAAGAAAAUGCAGAAAAUCUCGAUGAAAUAUCGGAAGAUUUUGCACUUUGGUAUAAUAGUAUAUUUAAGAUUGAUGUGAAAGAAUAUCAGAAAAAAAAUAAUAUAGCUGGCAAAUAAUUUUUACUUGUAGAUAAUUGCAAACAAUACAUCUCGGAUAAGAUUACUCAAAAUGACGAUUUUGAAAUAGUGUUCUUUCCGAUAAACUUAUUACAAUUGUGUUCAGAAAUUAUUGAGAAGAUGAACCAAAAUUGUUGUAAUUACUUGAUAGAACAUAUACAGAAUGAUUCUUCUGGAUCUGAAGGUAUCGACCAGCUUUAUAAUAUAAAGUUGUGUAAUAAGAUAGUUCGUAAAUCAUGGGCAGUCGCUUCGAAAGAAAUGGAAAAAUUAUGGAGAUUUUUAGACAAUAUCGGCAAUCACGAGAAGAUAUUUCAACACUCACAUUAGCUUCUGUUACUUCACCAGUUAAUUAAGUCUACAGGAAAAGUCAUCGUUCCUGACAAAAAACCAUUACUUAUUCUUUGCACAGACGGCGACAGAAAAGAACAUCACCAACAAAGAGAAACUAUUAAAGAGACUUAAAACAAUAAUAAAAACAGAAAGGGAAGACACUCAGAAAUAUCUCUUGGCAAUUUAGAAUAGAUAGUUUAUAAUAGUUGAAAAAGAUUUUAUAUAAAAGACUUUAAAUGAAAUAUUAAACAAAAUACUUAGUUCUAAUGGAAAAAAUAAAAAAGAGGAACUUCAAGUAUUGCAAAAACAUUCGUACUUUUGUAUAUAAAGUUCGCAUUAUUAAUAUUAUUAUUAUUAUUGUUACGAUGUUUACUUAUGCAAGACGUGCAUACAAUUUUAUGUAGCUAGAAGAAAUUGUUAUAUUACCCGUAAUUUAUAUAUUCGCUAGUAAACUUUUUGGUAUGGAAUGUUUAAAACAAAAAAAAAUUCUCAAAACUUUUAAAUCAUUUUAUCGAAUCGGUAUUUACACAGAACAGUGAUUGUGUGAAUUGAGAAUUAUGUUUUUAUUAUAAUUAUACGUAAUGAGGAAUGCAGUACCUAGGAGUUUCAAAAUUUCUGGAAUGCUUAAAAAUUAUAUUUGAAGAAAUUUAAAUUCUCUGCUCGGAGGUACAACUGAUGAAAUCAAACUUCAGAGGAUGGCAUGCAAAAAAAUUCGAGGAUUCUGGGGCUAUCACAGGCAGGGUUCUUGUCAAGCUGGUUUCGGAGCCGCAAUAUCUAAGAAUAGCGAAAGAGUUUUUAUAGGAGCACCGGGCAGUUGGUAUUGGCAAGGUCAGAUAUAUUCGAUCGCCACCGCCAUGAGAUUGAAGUUUGUAGCAACGAUGUAUAUCACCGAAGCCGAAGCAUCAGGACAAGCGUUUUCACAGCCUUUGAACAAUCAAUCGAAAGUAAUGUUCACCAAAGAGGGUCCUGCGAAAGAGGAUGAUAGUUACAUGGGUUAUUCCGUGACGACAGGAGAUUUCGUUGGGAAUGGCGAUAGUGGUACAGCAAUCGGAGUUCCACGUGGUUCCGAUCUUCUGGGCAAGGUAAUACUUUUCACAUCAAACAUGACGAAUCCUCGAAAUCUCACUGGCGAACAAAUGGGCGCUUAUUUCGGUUACGCCGUGGCUUCCGGCGAUAUAGACGGAGAUGGGUUGGACGACCUGAUAGUCGGUGCACCCAUGUACACAAUCCCGGAUAAUCCGGAAAUGACCAUCGAGACCGGAAGAAUCUACGUUAUCUAUCAAGGCGAUAGCGCGGAAAAAUUCCGCAAAUUCGAUAUAAGAGACGGCGAGAGCAAUCGCGGACGUUUCGGCUUGUCACUGGCUUCUCUGGGGGACAUCGACCGUGACGGUUACGGUGACUUCGUCGUCGGCGCGCCCUACGCUGGUCCGAAUGGCCGCGGUGCCGUCUACAUUUAUUACGGCUCACGAACCGGUGUAUUGGAGAAGUAUUCCCAGGUGAUCCACGCGGAGGAACUGGACAAUCCGGUGCAGACCUUUGGAUUUUCGGUGGCCGGCGGCCUCGACCUCGAUGGUAACGUCUAUCCGGAUCUGGUGGUCGGUGCGUACGAGUCGGCAACAGCGAUGUUCUUCAGGUCACGACCAGUGAUCAAGAUGGAUUCUUACGUGACCUUCGACUCUGAAUCCAAGUUAAUCUCCUUGGAUAACAGAAACUGUACGCUUUCGGAUGAUACCAGGGUCACAUGUCUUCCACUUAGAGCUUGCUUUAGAUAUUCAGGCGAGGGUGUUCUUACGAGGCACAAUUUUAAUAUACAGUAUGUACUCGAUGUGAAGAAAACGAAGAAUCCGAGGCUGUUCUUCCUUGAGUUGGAGGGCAAGAACACGAUGAAUCAUACGAUCACGGUCGAACGCGAUCGGCAGUUCUGUCGCACGGUUCAGGUCUACGUGACACCGAAUAUUCGUGACAAAUUAACAUCGUUGGAUGCCGAGAUGCGUAUGAGUUUGGAAGAAGAACGAAUUCCGGACAAUCGCCGUCGUGAUCCCAGAAUGCCGUUGCGACCAGUCCUUGGAGUGACGACCUCCCGGAAAGAUACUCUCUCUAUCAGAAAGAAUUGUGGUCCUGACAACGUCUGUAUACCUGACUUACAACUCAGUGUGAGAUCUAACGUUGGCAGAUACUUACUGGGCUCUGGCAAGAGACUGGAGCUUGAAGUUCUGGUGCAGAACGCGGGCGAGGACGCCUUCGAGGCAACGUAUAAUUUGCAGCUACCGGCUGGCAUCGAUUAUAUCAAGAUCGAGCGUAUCGAAACCCUGGAGAUUCCCGUUCACUGUUCCGCGCCCAAGCAAUCGAAUAACAAUACUCUUCGCUGUGAUAUCGGAAAUCCACUGCCGCAGAAUAAACUGGUGAAAUUCAAGGUGCUACUUCAACCUGUGACGUCACACGGGAUGAAACCCAUCUAUGAAUUCGACAUGCAAGUCAACACUACGAAUCCCGAAGACUACAUCAAAACCUAUGACAACAGCCAGCAUCUAUCUCUGCCGAUCUGGAUAGAGACGGAUUUGCGUGUCGACGGCGAAAGUAAACCCAAGGAUCUGUAUUAUAAUCCAGACAAUUACACUGCCGUGAAUAUUACGACGGAACUCGAAUUUGGCCCAGCGGUGACGCAUAAUUAUACGAUUCGCAAUCAAGGCCCAUCAGAUAUCAUUGAAGCCGAAGCAUUCCUCGUGUGGCCCGCGCAGACUUUAUCCGGGAAAGAACUGAUGUACUUGUUGGAACAGCCAGAGACCGCGGGACCAAUCGCUUGCGAACCUGCUAAUGCAAACUAUCUUAGUUUGAAGUUGGAUCAACGCAGAAGAGUGCAUUUAAAUUACCCCGACUAUUCCGGCGUGAUCCUGGACGAAUCGCAAUCAGGCAAGACGAUCAACGUUCAAAGAGGCUUCGAGGUGGACCGUAACAAAGCGAGCAAGAAUGAGGAAACCGAGAUCAAUAGCGGCGAUAGUUCGAAUAUUCAAAAAUCACGACAUUCUUCCUCUUCGUCUUCCUCCUCUUCCUCGUCGAGCGUCACCGAAACUAGAAGGAUCCAACUGAAUCCAUCGGGAGAGAAACCUGACGUUCUCACUACGACAUACACGCACAACGCUUCCGGAACUAGUUCGGUCGGUACCGGUAAUUUGUCCAGCAAUCGUGGAGUCGUUUUCCACACAGAAUCCAGUAGUGGUUCCACAACUUUGGGAGGGGGAUUCCGCGAAUCCGAAAAGGAAUCCUUCGGCUCUCGGAGAUUACCCGAUCUUGAAGAGCCUUACGAGACUCGCAUGAAUCAUUCCAUUAGAGUAGAAAAUCGUUGGGAAGAAAGCGAUACACAAAGUGGACGUACGACCUCAUCUUCGGGAAGGUUUGAUUCGGGUUUGACUGAGAGCGAGAGACGAUAUCAAGAUCUAUUGAGACAGCGGGAAGAAAUUCGCUUACGCCAAGAAGAGGAGGCUCGUCAGAGGAAGCUACACGAGGAAACACGACUACGUCAGAGAGAAGAGCAGGAACGUAUCAUCGCUUUGCAACGUCGUCGAGAGGAAGAGGAGCGUCGGCAGGAAGAAGAACGACUUCGAGAAGAAAAGGAACGACGUCGAUAUGAACACGAACGACGAGAAGAAGAACGGCGAAGACAGCAAGAAGAACGACGCCUUCAGGAAGAGCGGGAGCACAAGUACAACUAUAACGAGGAAAGGCGCCAUGGCGGAUUUGGAGAUGAUCGCCAUCAAACGGAAGAUUUCAUCACUGGCGAUCGCGAAGAGACGGUUGGAGGACGAGAAUUUGGUUUUCGUUUGCAAAAUGUGAGUUCCACGCAAGAACUAGACCGAUUCUUUGGUGCAUUGACGAAAGACGCGGCUGGUUAUAAGAUAUAUAACAAGCAAGGACAGCAGUAUGUACAGUUCAAAGCGAGAUUCAGGACAUCUGCCGACUGGAAGGAAUACAUAGAAUUUGAGGACGGCUCUAUGUUCCCUCUUCAAGAUCAUUACGGUGAACAGAGUUAUGUUACAGAAUCCACGGAACCUCGCGACAAUCGGUUCCUCAGAAUAGAAGGUCAGCUGCUUAUCACUCCGGAUGGUAAAAAUUAUAUCUCUCUAAAAGAUGGCCGAAGGUUUCCUCUUCAGGGCUCUUACACGUACACCGAAGAAAGAAGAUAUACAUUAAAUGGUCCGCAUGACGGCUACGCUGACAAUCAGGAUGAGAGGACUUACAGUCAAUCCUGGCAAGAAGAAUCUUCUGAUCGUGGUGUAACUUCGGACGGAAAUUACGAAACCAGGUACAAUACACGUACACACGAAGAGAGACGAACGAAAGAGCAAACAAGCAAUACGAGAGUCUACGGAAGAAAUGAUCGAUUUAAUCGGGAUCGAGCUAACGUUGAUUCCUUCACCGAGAGACCGGACUCCGAUCUUGUGGGCUCGAGACACAGGCGCGAGAGCGACAUGAUUGACGUUCAGGAGUUCAGGAAAUUCGAGCGACUACACAGGCAUCGGCGAGAUGUCGAGACGGAUGACCCAUUAAAUGAACCUGCAUUUCAGAAUGAAGAUUAUUAUGAGGACGAUCCCGAAUACCAGGAACCAGUACAGCCCUGUGACGCAGCAAAAUGCGUGAUGUUACGAUGUGUGCUGGGUCCAUUGAAAAAGGAUCAAGAGGUCUGGAUCGGCGCGAGGUAUCGCGUGGACGCUAGGACCUUGAAAGAGGUGGCCUUUAAGGAAAAGGUGAAAGUGUCGACGAAGUUGGUGGCACGUGUCACGAAGCAACCAUUUAUCGGUACGCCAGCCGAACAAGUCAUCAAGAGUGAUGAAGUUAUCACGAACAUCGAACCCAGCGCACCACCUUCCGCUCCGGACAUUAUUCCAGUAUGGGUGGUAGUUUUAUCGGCCUGCGCAGGAAUGAUAAUUCUCUUGCUACUCAUCUACUUGCUUCACAAGUGCGGUUUCUUUAAGAGGAAUAGGCCCUCUGACGCUCCAGAAAGACAACCGUUGAAUCGAAACGGUCAUUUUCAACAAGGCGAGGAUCACUGAAGUUUUUGACUUUCUGGCUAUAUUGGAUUUAGUCGCAGACGAGAAAGCUCGCUGUGCGAUCGAAAAGUGCCUUAGUUCUUUGAUAAUCGAGAGAAUGCAUAAUGUGCAUGAAUUCUUUCGACGUAGUCUGCAGAGACGCGGUCCUGAAUAUCUUAAUAGCGUUCAACAGUGCCUUAAUCCACUGUUCAAGAUGAACAUCUGCUGAGGCGCAUGGAUUCUGAGUGACGGUUUGUCACUCUUAUACUGCCAUUGAAUACUCCUUCCAGCUCCUGCAGCUCGACCACGCAAGUUUCUAGUCAGGAGACGUUUUUCUUUUUUUUUUUAAUUAUCUGUAAUUACUUAAGCCGCGCGUAUAGUCGGCAGAUACGAAAAUAUUUCGACAUUCUUCGGUGAAUCGUAUCUUCAUGUAUAUAAGUAUAUAUAUAUUAUUUUUUUUAUCGUUUUAUCCGGUGGUAAAGCGCCUUGAUGCGUGCCUCGUUGCUUCCGCUGCCUUUUUACGAUAAAAUAGAAUUAAUUAUUUUUUUAUCCGCGUCCAAUCGGCACGAUCUCUAAAACGUAUCGCCGAUGACAUCUCGAAACUCAUUCAGUGUCGAAUAUCACGAAUAGAUUCUUCCGUAAAGCUUCUUUCAUACAAGAUGAUGAUCGAACGUUGUAUGUCGAGACAAAUUAAAUUUACACAUCGUAAAAGAGGUUUUAAUUUUGCGGACGUCUCCUUUUAGAUGUUUCUUCCAAGUUAUUAUAUUAUUUGAAUGAUCUGUUGUUAGCAGCAUUUGAAACAUUACUCACAGACUGUUUAAAAGGAGUCUAUAAAUCUUUCUUGGAAGCAGCCUCGAAGGCAUACGGGGCUCUUUUGAAUUAUUUAUUAAAUUUCUAUGUUAUAUAUAUAUAUAUAUAUAUAUA